GGUUGUCGUGUUGGGUGUCGCCGCGUCGCCUGCAUCCAGCUUCCUCCUCCCUGAACCCUCGCCGCCGCCGCUCCGGGUCCGUGCCCCUGCCGGCGCCGCCGCCGCCGAGAGAGGGAGAAUAGGGAGGAUGGCCGGCGCCCUCGACAUGUCCCUCGACGACCUCAUCUCCAAGAACAAGAAAACCCAGCCGCGCCCCAGCGGCCGAGGCCCGGCCUCCGGAGGCGGAGGCCCCGCACCCACGGCGCCGCGCCGUCGCUUCAACGCCCGCGCAGCCGCAGCCCCGUACCACCGCGGCACCACUUUCCCUUUCCAGGCGCAGGCGCGGCGGCCCAUGGCUUAUGCUGGAUACGGAGCCCCCCAGCCCCAGCCGCCGAUGGACGCGCCCACCAAGCUUUACAUCUCCAACCUCGACUAUGGCGUCUCCAACGACGACAUCAAGGAACUAUUUUCUGAUGUCGGCGAUAUCCAGCGUUACUCCAUCAACUAUGACAGGAGUGGAAGAUCAAAGGGGACCGCAGAGGUUGUCUUCUCAAGAAGGUCUGAUGCUCUAGCUGCUCUUAAGAGGUACAACAAUGUGCAGCUUGAUGGCAAACCUAUGAAAAUUGAGAUCAUUGGGACAAAUAUUGAGGCGCCACCAAUGGCUACCUUCUCCUUCAAUCCACCAUCUGGAAACUUCAAUGGGCUUUUCAGAAGCAGGCCCGGAAGAGGUGGUGAUGGAGGAUGGCCUCGGGGUAGAGGUGGAUUCGGUGGGCGUGGGCGGGGGCAAGGGAGCCGUGGGCGAGGGAGGGGAGGGCGUGGCGGUGAGAAAGUUUCAGCUGAAGAUCUGGAUGCGGACUUGGACAAGUACCACAAAGCAGCAAUGGAGACCAGCUAAAUGGUUCUGGCACUGAUUCAACACAGGCAAUAGGCCUAGCUCUGUCUCCUUCUGUAGGAAUGCUGAUGCAGACAUGUAUCGGUUCAUGAGCGGAGAGCGUGUAAGGUUAAGCUGUAAGAAGCUUCUUUUGUUUCACCGAGCAUGUUGGGUAAUGAGAUGAUGGUGGGUGAGGGCUGAUUAUUUGGGACAUGAGGUGUUGCCGGUGACCAAAUGGGACUCUGUUAAUUAUAAUUUAGUAAUUUAGAAGCUUGUAGAAGGGGAUAGAAUAGAGACGAGAAGUUUUUAAGGUUUUCUUGCAUUUGCACUUGGAGGUGGAGGCCUGGAGGUCAUCACAUUUGUGCUUGUCUGGGCACUACUCAGAUAAUCUGAGGGUGUGCAUGGAUUGGCCUGUGUCUGCAUCCAGGAUUUGUGGUUU